AUGUGCAUAAUCUGGUGGUCCCACGGCUGUCCACACUGCCGCCGGCUAAUCCCCGUCCGGCCCAACAACUCCCCUCAACCCGGAGCUCGAGCUGGAUCCUCCAAGCUUCCUCAAACCUUCGUCGACGUCGACAAAGUCAACCCACAAUUGCCUCUAUACCGCCUCGCCCUCCCGCAACCAGAGACUCACGAAGUACACAGUAUUUGGAGAUGCUACGAGGUCGAUACCGGCAUGUCGUUGCGGGAGUCGUUGAGUAAGCGCAUGGAGGCGGAUAUGGCGAAUGGUUUGCACCUGUGUAGGGGUGACGAUUCUGUUGGGCCGGUGCCGGGCUCGAUUCUGGACGGCGGAGCUGGAGCUGAAGCUGGACCCGGCGCUGGAGUUGCGGCAGCAUUUGAAGCCGGACUUGGAGCCCGUCUUGGUCCCGGUCUUGGUCCCGGAUCUCUAGGAGUCGCGCCUGAAAAUCCUUACCUCAGCCUCAACCUUUCUUCACACUUGAAUCAGAAUCACAACAUCCUCAACCUCAAUCUGCCGAGUACAGGCCCCAACAAUCCCGCCAUUCUUGUUACUUCCGAUCCCGUUCUCCCUCCCGCUCCUCUUCCCUCUCCGGUGCCUUUGCUCUCCAGCAUCGACAACAGCAACAGCGUCAACAAUAACAGCAACGACACCAGCAAUAACACCUCCUCCAGCGCCUCUCAAGUUUCCCUUCAAGGACAAGGUCUUCCUCGCGCCGCUCAGUCUCGCGGUCUGCCUCGUGGUGACCUAUCUCCUGGCCUUCCUCCCGGUUUUCCUCCACCUGUUCUCCAUCCUGUUCUCCCUCCCGGGCCUAGCUCUUAUGCCUUCCGUUCACAUGGACCCCUCCUCCUCUCUCCUGUACUCCCUCUUUUUCCACUUCCAUCUCCCAGUCUUAGUGGCUUCCCUAUAGGUAUGGAUAGUCUCCUCCCCAAUCCUCUCUUUACUCCCCUUUCCGGCUCUUUUCCCAGACACUUCUACGGACCCCUCUUCUCUCCUGGUCACGGUCUUGAUACCUUCUCCGGACCCAACUUCCUCCCUGGACAAGGUCCAAAGAAGGGAGGUCUAGAAUCCUUCCGCCAUUGUCCCUACCUACAGCAUCGCGACGCUAGCAACCCCGAAAAGAGCCAUCCACCCGAAAGUUGUUGGUUGACGAGAGACAGAAAGGGAAAGGUUGGGAUUGUUGAUGGGAUGUUGAUGUCGCCGAGGCCGAUGCCGAGUGGUGCUGGUGCUGGUGCUGGUGCUGGUUAUGGGCAGGGACGUCAGGGACAAGGAGGUCAUGCUGGACCGAACACCCGGGCCGUACAAGGCGCUAAAGCCGGCGGAUAUGGAGCGAUGCAUACUGGACAAGUGUCAGGCCAUGCUGCAAGGGGGCAGAUACAUGCUGGACAAGUGUCGGUACAAACCAAACGUGGACAUCAUGCCGGGGUUGGGGGUCAUGCUACCUCUACACACGGACGUUCUGCCGCACCCCAGACCGCACCGCACGCACCGCCCCAUCGGGAAACCCACGCUACACCCAAUACCACACCUCAUCUUUACAACAGCAACGAUGGGGAUAGGAUGUCUUCAGGAGGGAACGGCGUGAUCCCAAACGCGAAUCCACCCCCGGACCAAAACCAGCCUCCCAGUCAGCAUCAAGCAAACAUGCGCGUACAAUGGUGGAAAAUGGGCUGGUCCAGACUGCUACAGUUCUACCUCCCAGUCGGCGGUAGAGGCUCGAGGUUGAUGAUGAGCGAUAUCGAUGGCUAA